AUGACCACCACUACAACCGCCGCCGCUGGAACCCGCCGGAAUAAGAAAAUAGUCGUGAUAUUGGGAGCCACGGGCUCCGGUAAAUCAAAGCUUUCUGUAGAUUUAGCUUCCAGAUUCUUCACUUCAUCGGAGAUCAUCAACUCUGAUAAAAUCCAAGUCUACAAUGGCCUUGACAUCACGACCAACAAAAUCCCGUUGCAUGAGCGAGAAAACGUACCCCACCAUCUCCUUGGCGAGUUCCACCCGUCCAACUCACAUCCCGAGUUCACACCCUCCGAUUAUCGAUCACACGGUGCGACUACCAUUUCGAAGAUUCUAUCCCACCGCAAUACGCCCAUUAUCGCCGGUGGGUCUAACUCGUUCAUCUACGCACUUCUGGCUGAAAAAUUCAGUCCCGAAAUAGACGUAUUCAGCGAGUCAGACUCGAUUCACUCGGUCUUUUGUAAACAGGUUCGUUACAGCUGUUGUUUUCUCUGGGUGGAUGUUUCUUUACCCGUUUUGAAUCAGUAUUUAGUCAAGCGGGUCGACGACAUGCUCGAUUCGGGGAUGUUCGAAGAGUUAGCAGAUUAUUUCAAUGACCCUGAUUCUGACUCGGUGAGUCAAUCCGGAUUAAAAAAAGCCAUUGGGGUGCCGGAAUUCACAAAUUAUUUUAAUAGAUUUAAAUAUAAAGCGGUUGCUGACGUGGAAAAUGGGCUGGCGUACGAGGAAGCAGUGAAGGCAGUCAAGGACAACACGUGUCAACUGGCUAAACGACAACUGGGGAAGAUCCUUCGGCUGAGGGACGCCGCCGGGUGGGACCUGAAGAGAAUAGACGCCACAGCGGCGUUCAAGGCGAAGCUGGCCGGCAAAAGGGUGGCGGAUAUUUGGGAAAGACAGGUGGUGGAACCAAGCGUGAAGAUUGUGAAGCGGUUCUUGAUGGAGUAG